UUCUCUUUCCCUCGUGUUCUCUCCUGCGAGCGUCUCCCUGGUGCUACUGCUGUUGCCGUAGCUGUUGCUGCUGCUGUUCUGCUGUUGCUGCUGCUGUUCUGCUGCUGCUGCUGCUGUCGCUGUCUCCAUCCCCCUUCGAUGGCAUUUGGGUUUGGGGGGGAGGGAAGAGGGUCUGUUUCUUCUCGGAGGGGACUGUCCCGAGGUUUUGCUCGGGACUCCCCGAUGGUUGUGACCGGGCUCCGAGAGAGCUUCAGAUCUCACCCCCGUCGCCACCACCGCCACCACCUCCACCGCCACAGCCACCGCCACAGCCACAACCACAGCCACAGCCGUGCGUGCGCCUUGUCCUCCUCCUGCGCUCCCUCUGCACUAGGAUGCUGCGGCAGGUUCUUCACAGAGGCUUGAGGACGUCUUUCUCCCGGCUCGGCCACUUCAUUGCCAGUCACCCAGUCUUCUUCGCCUCCGCCCCUGUGCUCAUCUCCAUCCUCCUGGGGGCUAGCUUCAGCCGCUACCAGAUAGAGGAGAGCGUGGAACACCUGCUGGCGCCCAAGCACAGCCUGGCCAAGAUUGAGAGGAAUCUAGUCAACAGUCUCUUCCCGGUGAACCGCUCCAAGCACCGGCUCUACUCGGACCUGCAGACUCCCGGGCGCUACGGCCGGGUCAUCAUUACCUCCUUCCAACAGGAGAAUAUGCUGGACCAGCACCAUACAGACCUGAUCUUAAAGUUGCACUCUGCUGUGACCAGGAUGCAAGUACAAAGACCUGGUUUUAAUUAUACAUUCGCUCAUAUAUGUAUCCUGAAUAAUGACAAGACUUGCAUAGUGGAUGACAUAGUGCACGUCCUGGAAGAAUUAAAGGCUGCUCGUGCCACAAACCGGACCAAUUUUGCAAUCACGUAUCCCAUCACUCACUUAAAAGAUGGGAGGGAAGUGUAUAAUGGACACCAGCUGGGCGGCGUCACCGUGCACAGCAAAGAUCAGGUCAAAUCCGCACAAGCCGUCCAGCUCACUUAUUAUCUGCAAACACUCAACUCUCUAAAUGACAUGGUGGCAGAGAGAUGGGAGUCCAACUUUUGUGAUACAGUUAAACUUUUCCAGAAAUCUAAUAGGAAAAUCAAAAUGUAUCCAUACACAUCCUCGACGCUGAGGGAAGACUUUCAGAAGACCAGCCGCGUAUCUGAACGUUACCUGAUCACAAGCCUGGUCCUAAUGGUCACCAUGGCUGUCCUCUGUUGCUCCAUGCAGGACUGUGUCCGCAGCAAACCCUGGCUGGGCCUCCUUGGAUUGGUCACAGUAAGCCUGGCCACACUAACUGCAGCUGGGAUCAUCAAUCUGACUGGUGGGAAAUAUAAUUCCACCUUCCUGGGAGUCCCCUUCGUCAUGCUAGGUCAUGGAUUAUACGGGACUUUUGAAAUGUUAUCCUCCUGGAGGAAAACUAGAGAAGACCAACAUGUUAAAGAGAGAACUGCAGCUGUCUAUGCAGACUCCAUGCUCUCCUUUUCUCUCACCACUGCCAUGUACCUGGUCACCUUUGGGAUUGGUGCCAGCCCUUUCACUAACAUUGAAGCAGCCAGAAUUUUCUGCUGUAAUUCCUGUAUUGCAAUCUUCUUCAACUACCUCUAUGUACUCUCAUUUUAUGGUUCCAGCCUGGUGUUUACUGGCUACAUAGAAAACAAUUACCAGCAUAGUCUCUUCUGCAGAAAAGUCCCAAAGCCAGAGGUGUUGCAAGAGAAGCCUGCGUGGUACAGGUUUCUUCUGACGGCCAGAUUCAGUGAGGAUACAGCGGAUGGAGAGGAAGCAAACACAUAUGAAAGUCACCUGUUGGUAUGUUUCCUCAAACGCUAUUACUGUGACUGGAUAACCAACACUUAUGUUAAGCCUUUUGUAGUGCUCUUUUACCUUAUUUAUAUUUCCUUUGCCUUAAUGGGCUACCUGCAGGUCAGGGAAGGGUCAGACCUUAGUAACAUCGUAGCAACGGCAACAAGAACCAUUGAGUUCACUACUGCCCAGCAAAAGUAUUUUAGUAACUACAGCCCAGUGAUUGGGUUUUAUAUCUAUGAGUCGAUAGAAUACUGGAAUACGAGUGUCCAAGAAGACGUGCUAGAGUAUACCAAGGGGUUUGUGAGGAUAUCAUGGUUUGAAAGCUACUUGAAUUAUCUUAGGAAACUCAAUGCAACCACUGGCUUGCCCAAGAAAAAUUUUACAGACAUGUUGAGAAACUCCUUCCUGAAAGCCCCCCAGUUCUCACAUUUUUCAGAGGACAUCAUCUUCUCCAAAAAGUUUAACAAUGAGGUUGAUGUUGUGGCUUCCAGGAUGUUCCUGGUAGCCAAGACGAUGGAAACCAACAGAGAAGAGCUCUAUGAUCUCCUAGAGACCCUAAGAAGACUUUCUGUCACCUCCAAGGUGAAAUUCAUAGUGUUCAAUCCAUCCUUUGUGUUUAUGGACCGAUAUUCUUCCUCUCUGGGAGCCCCCUUGCAGAACUCCUGCAUUAGUGCUUUAUUCUUGCUCUUCUUCUCUGCGUUCCUGGUGGCAGACUCCCUAAUUAAUGUCUGGAUCACUCUAACCGUCGCCUCAGUUGAGUUUGGAGUUAUAGGCUUCAUGACAUUGUGGAAAGUAGAACUGGACUGCAUUUCUAUGCUGUGCUUAAUAUAUGGAAUUAACCACACAAUUGACAACUGUGCUCCACUAUUAUCAACAUUUGUCCUGGGCAAGGAUUUCACAAGAACUAAAUGGGUAAAAAAUGCCCUGGAAAUGCAUGGGGUAGCUAUUUUACAGAGUUACCUCUGCUAUAUUGUUGGUCUGAUUCCUCUUGCAGCUGUGCCUUCAAAUCUGACCUGUACACUGUUCAGGUGCUUAUUUUUAAUAGCAUUUGUCACCUUCUUUCACUGCUUUGCCAUUUUACCUGUGAUACUGACUUUCCUACCACCCUCCAAGAAAAAAAGGAAAGAGAAGAAAAAUCCCGAAAAUCGGGAGGAAAUUGAGUGUGUCGAAAUGGUGGAUAUGGAUAGUACCCGAGUGGUUGACCAAAUUACAACAGUCUGACUGUGUCUAUUUUUUGCUUUUUCACCCUAGGUCUUAUUGAGAGCAAAGAGAUUAUGUUGAUGAAAUGAUUAGUUCGUUCAUUCUCUCUCUCUUUCUUUCUCUCUUUCUCUUUCUCUCUCUCUCUCUCUGCUCCCAUGUCUCUCAG